UAUAACUCAUUUUUCAGAACAAGUAGAAUCAGUUAUGAGAUUAAAUAGAGAUAACGCCAGCGCUGAUCUUUGCCGUGACGUACGCAUGUGGUGGCAGGCAGAGGAUGAACCAGGAAUCAGCUCAGCAGAAAGGCACAAUAUGAGAAUGGUCUUGAGAACGCGGCUCUUAAACCAUGUAAAAUUCAACGAAUUUCCUCCACCCACUAUGUACAUUUGGGGGUGGCCAUGUCAGUUGUGGGAAGCAAUUAUUUCCAGUAUAGAUGCAAAAGCAUGGCUGUAUUAUUUUUGUCAUGGAGGUACUUACAAUGUUAGAGCAUUUAGCAGUAUGAUAGGGGAGACAUUUUUCUCUGAACUGACCAUGAAUGAUAGGAGAGGACAGGGAACAGUUUCUUGUCAAGAGUUUGGCCAAUUCAUCGGAAAUACAAUAGAACAAGUUCAAAUUCGAUUAGAUCCAGAAAGGACAUUCUCUUAUCGUACUAAGAGGGCUACAGUCUACAAUUUGGUUGACGAUACUGACUCUGUAGAUCAGAUGGAAAGCAUUCAAGACCACAGUAGAAACAGUUUGGAUGAAAUACCAACAAAUAUCACAUUCAGAGAUCAUCAUUUUGAUACACAACUGCGGAAACGCGUUUGUGGAAAACGUAAAGAGGGAACGGUCCUGACAGAGCGAAAUUCGUUACAGAAGGGAUCUCUGGGUGUUCGCUGGGAAAAAGCACGUUGUGAUCAAUCAAAAAUCUUACCAACUGUUAAAAUGGGAUUAUUGUAAUUUCAUGUUGCAUGUAUAAAAAUGCACAAGUUCAUGUAAAAUAUGAGUCUAUAAUAAAUUACU